AUAGGGAAGAGGGCGUCAGUGAUCGCAAAAAUCGUGCAAUCAUGGGCUCUCGCAAGCGCCCCUUCGACGGAUGUCGCCGGAGGGCGCCGUGGCAGAGUCGUGAGUGGCCAAAACGUCAAGCAGCCGAGGGUGAAACAUACCGAAAAUAAGUGUGAUGGGUGCCGGCCUGUCCGGGCAUGCGAAAAGGUGGGCGGCGCUAGUGCCAGGCUCGUGCCUCCACAGUACGAGUGUCGGGGCGAUACCCCGUGUUGGAAAAACAGUACAUAACACCAGGAAUAUUAGUCUUUCCGUUCGUUCGGCAGAUCUGCUGCUGCUUUCCACAGUGUUGAAUUCGUUGAAAAUAAUAUCGCUCAAACAAACUGUUGUGGUGAACCGAACGGUUUAAUCAGUGUUUUUUUUUUUUUAACAUUAUAAUCAAUUAUAGAAAAGGAUAAAUUCCGGAAAAUGAAGGGCUUCUAAAGUGAAUCCGACACCUGUUGAGACCCUGAAGAAGCACACUAGUGACACAGGGGGUGGGUGGGGGUAGCAGCCAUGGGGGGUGGGGCUCUGCAACUCGCCCACCCACCAUACCAGCGACCAUCCUCAGGGCUGUAGUCAAUCUAAUUAGCAUCCUUCAUCCCACUGCAAAUCCUCGGCCGCUGGAAAACUGCUGCCUGUCUACAAACACUCCACGAUGUCCACCGAGGCAAGAGCAUCACCUAGUGGUGGUCGGGAUAGUGUGGAGAGCCUUCCCACCCAGCCCUACCCACCCCACUUUUACCCAGCUCCCAAUUAUCAAGGAGGCCCCCAGCCACCAUGGAUACCUGGACAGCUCCCUCCAGGAGUGUCGGGCCCAUGGCCUCCACCCUGGGCAUACCCUGGACCUCCUCCUGGAUGGUCUCCCACAGCAUCUGGAGGAAAGAUAAGUCCUCACAGCAGCACGGUUCCCAUGCCUUCAGACGAAUACACUGUGGACACAAUGAGACGAAUCUACAACGACGAUGACGGCCGCAUCGAGAUACAAAGGGUAAAAGUGCAACGACGUCAGCCUGAAGGUUCUGCGGCUGUCAUGUUUCCACCCCCGGGUGAUCCAAAGAGUCUUGUCCCCGUUGGCUCUUUUCCUCUCAAUGAAAAGAGACCACCACCUCGAAAGAAUAAAAUGAAACGACAGAUGGAACUCAUGAAGUCUCUUCAAGGACAACAGGGAUCUUAUCCUUGGUAUCCAUAUAUGCCAUGCAUGCCAUAUCCUUAUCCAUAUCCAUACUAUUAUGGAGGAGGAUGCGUGUGGCCUGGGGGUAUGCCUCCACCACCACUAACUCCAUGGCCUGGAAGUGAUGACAGUGAAAGAACAACAUCCCGCCAAGAAUCUCUUCCAGCAACGCUAGAUUCCCAGCGCCUCGAGUCUCGUGUAUCAGUGACAUCUAAUAAUUCUCAUUCCCCCAUUUUUCAACGGUCCCCAUCACCAGCAGCUACAACUCAUAGCAUUGCACCAUCUGACAGCAUAUCAGUCUGUGGAUACAAAGCUGAAGACUCAAUGAGUUUCAGUAUACGUGGACCAACGCCACCUCCUCGCAGGAGUCGGGGACCUACAGACAAAAAGCUGCGAGCUAUAAUGGCUCCAAGUGAUGAUGUAUCAGAUGCAGGAGAUAAGAUUUCCAUUAUUACUACUAGUACUGACAUUGUGCCAUAUCAAAAACCACCUCGGAGAAAACGAAAAUCAAAGAUGGCAAGCAUUAGUGACGUAAGCUACUUAGACCAAAAAGAUAUUGAUAGUCUUAGUGACCGAAGCAGUAUUGCAUCAGAAAUUACAUGUGAUGAUUCAAGACUAAAUUCAGAACUUUCAUAUGCAUUUCAAAAGUUUGAAAAGUCAGUAGAUGUUUUUAAGUCAAAAGUUUCUGUUGAGUCAACACCUGUUAACACUCCACCUCGAUCACCUUCUCCCAUCAUUUUGCAUUCCAAAGAUACCGCUGUCUCUGCAGAGGAUAACACUACAAUUCCACAGUCUGAGGACACUGUUGGUGAGGAUACAGAUACUUAUAUUGUUAAUAAUACAGACAGUCUUCAAGAUAAGCAACCAUCAACUGUAUCAUAUUCAUCUCUUCCACCACUGGAAACUGUUCCAUCUGAUUCUACAUCACUAUCUGUAACUACAAAAGAAGAAACUGCACAGGAAGUUAGUAAGUCACAACAAGAAACGAAUUCACAGAAAGUGCUAACAACCGCCUCUGAAGAUACUACAAGUACUUUAGUGAAACCUACUGACGGAAACUUAAUACCAGUUGAGGGAACUGAUACAACAUCCACAACAGCAGCUGAUAUACCAAUAAAAACAGCUUCCCAGUCUAUACAUGAAACAGUUGCAUCUACUACAGAGUCAAAUGCCAUGACAUCAAACAUACCAUACACCUCAUCAAGUGAUACAACAGUACCUUCAUUGUCCACAUCUACAGACAACUCUCAACUGCAAACAGACACCAAAGAGACGAAAGAAAAAGAUUCUUCGCAACCAACUCUUGCUGGGAAACUUGAAGUGACUGAAGCAGAACUGGAUGCGUCUAGUGGCCGAGACUCAAGGCUAAGCUCAAGUACUUUCUUCUCUAUUCGUCCUUCUGAUGACCCUCUCCACCUUGACACAGAUUCCACUGACAUCUUGCUUCCAACUACUGAUGCCACCACUGCAGACGAGGGUGGUGAGGGAACAGAUUGGACAGCGAGUAGCCCAGUGGCAGAAGAUACCGAGAGUUAUCAGUGGGUCUUACAGCAACCUGGGGAGAUACCAGAUCUAACAUGUUCAACAGCCGAUCGUGAAGAUGAGAGACGUAAUGCGUGGCGUGCUGAAGUUAGCUUAUGGCGUGCACGCUUGGUGGUAUCACUCUGCCGAGGCAGAGGACUUGAUCGCCAGGAUUGGGCCACAUUUCACCUGCUAGUGCAUCAUCCUUUAACAUUAGACUUGAAACUAUCCAUUUUGCAUGCACCUCGUCUCUGUGUUGCAAAUUCAACCACUGGAGCAGCACUUGUAAGAGUUGCACUUAUCCACCUUGCUCAAUAUGGAGAAACACUUCUGCAACCAGAAGCUAGUCGACAGCUAGGCUGGAGAUCUAUAAAAGUUGAUCCUAACCAGUCUUGGGCACCAGUCAAGGGCGCAGUGGAAAUUCUAAAGGCACUUGGUUAUCAAGAGAGAGAAGAAAAUGUGCUACGAUAUCCCAGAAGAUCUAAGACUGAGGUAUCUGUCUUAGCCCGAUUAACACUGGAUAUGCUGGUUUUAGCUGAGGAGCUGCGUCUUUAUCUAACUGGAACACACCAGUAUCCUACAAAUAUCUCAGACCUUUUCUUCCCAUCCUCAGUGCCUUCUUCCAAACCUUCAGAUGGAUCUCAGAUAUUGCAAGACUUACCAAGACCACCUUCCUCAACUGGCUCUUACAGCUAUAUGUCUGCACAAUCUAACACUUCACUAAACCACAGGCCAAGUAGUCAGGCAUCAUCUGUCACAGAUGAAGAAACUGAAACACUUCAAGUAUCAGUAAAACAAGCUAAAGCCAAAAAGAUUAAACAGCCUUCUUCUUCAGAUGAAGAGGUUACCUUAAAAGAGGAUUUAGUUAAUAAAUCAGAGACAACAAAAGAAAGCAGCAAAGUUGACAUAUCAUCUAACGAAAAAGCAGAGGAAAAUUCUUCUAAUGCUGAAAUAUUAAUAGAGAACAAGAAUCUGCAUGCCCCAGAGAAAGCAGAAGCAGCAGACAUGCCCUCCUUACUUGUGCAAUCAACUACAAGUUUAGAUAUGUCGAGCCUCCCAGAUUUACAGUCUAUUCGAUCUAGUACUACUUCACUCAUAAAUCCUUCAACAAAGGAACCCGAUAAAGACACAUCUGUUACACCUGCAACAACACCAAUACCUGACACUCCAAAAGGAUCUGAAGAAACAAAGGACAAUCCAGAAGAACAUAUUUAUGAGGAAAUUGAUGUGAUUCGCCAACAAGUCCAAGCUUUAAGGGCUUCAAGUGUUCCUGUAGAUACACCACCUCCACUUCCACCAAAAAAGAAAGUUAGCUCAGGUGGCGAAGAUGAUUCUGGACUCAGUCUCACAUACCCUCAUAUGGAAUGGACAUCAGCAUCAAUGCCAGGCUCAUUACGAGGAGGCUCAACUGGAGCAAGGAGGAAGAAGCGCAGAGCACCAAUGCCACCUGACUUCAUGCCUCCGGACUGGAAGCCGUAUGAAAACAGACCUAGAGAUGAUGAGCAAGGGAAAGUAGAAAAGUCUACAAAUGACAGCAAACGAUCAUUAAAUCCAUUUUAUGAGGACAUUGACUCUGUAAAAUCUCAAGUAAAAGAACUUAACAAAGAUUACGAAAAUAAAGUGAAGGCAAAGCAGCUCAAAAAUGAUGAUGGAAAUCCAUUUGAAAAAGAUGAGUAUAUUAUAUCUGGAUAUGUAGGGAAAAAUCCUUUCUAUGAGGACAUAGAGGAGGAAGAUACAGAGAAACCAAAAAUUGUUUCACGCUCAGCUGCAUCCACUCCACUAAACAAUACUCCUGGUCUUUGUCCCAUGGGCUCUCUUUUAGAGCUACAGGAUGAAAGCAUACUUAUAAAAGCUAAAAGAAAAGCACCAAGACCACCCUCUACUGAUCCUUCAAGUAGAACAGCAACACCGCAACCACAGAAGUCUACAUCUCCUCAGCCACCAAAGCACCCACCCACUGUGCCUCCCCCGCGACCACCUUCUUCUCCACCACCCCCAAGGCCACCAUCUUCUCCAAUACCCAAGCAUCCUCCUACAACUCCACCACCUAAACCACCUCUAUCACAGGAACAACUUGGAACCAAAACUGACAUGACAUCUCAAACCACAAACUCUAUAAAAGACAAUAAAACAGAAGAAAUAAAGAAUGAAAAAGAAAAGACUAAAGCCAGAAAUAUAGUAGGAAAUGCUAUCAAAGCAUCACUACAGAAACUUCAGAUCCAGCAUCCCAAUAUACCACCACCCCCACCACCUCCAAAGCUGGAUGAUGAGGAUGAUGGUCUGCCCAACAUUACAACAGACCAUGCAGCAAGUCAAAAUCCUUCACAGCCAACGCCAUCACUUUUUGACGACAUUCCUUACAUGGAUGCACAUGACUUGAAUGUGGACAAAGAGAUGAAAAAACCAGAUCCUGCACCUCAGUACGAAAUUCCAGAAUUACCUGGCAAAGAUGGCAUCCCACCAGCACCUCCCCUGUCACCAACUACACUGAGACAAACAGCUCUUUUACUUAGAGGUCAUCGCAGUGUUCCUUUCAUUGAUGAAUCAGAUCUACCGCCAGACUGUCCCCCACCCCCACCCCCAACAUCUCCACCUGAUUCAACAACAGAGACUCCCAAGGCCUCACCACCAGAGACUCCGCAUACAUCACCUCCAGAAACCCCUAAAACUUCUCGACCUGGAACACCUUGCACAUCUUCUCCUUCAUCCCCCAUUACCAUCACACAGGUUGCUACAGACUCAGUUGCAGAACCUUCACUGAACUCCCCUUUGAAGGGCGAAAAUAUUGAGACCUUAAAAAUAACAGUGCAUAUUAGGGAUCCAAAUAAAGAAGGAAUGUCAGACAUGACAGAGAACAGUCAAAUAAACAUAAUGAAUGAAGAAACAAAUACAACAAAGAAUGAAACAAAAAUAGAAACAGUUUCAACUCAGUCAAAACUGCCACAAGAUACAGCACAAAAAGAACCAGCAACCAAAAUCACAGAAGAUCCCUGUGUACCGCCCCCUCUACCACCAAAGGCUGGUACAUCUCAAAACUCAAAUGAUGACCCUUAUGCAAAUCAGUCAGUCACAAGCUCAAGGUCCGGAGAAAAAUCAGAUUUUCUAGAAUCUUCAAAACAAGCAGACAAAGUAUCUACAACUUCUGAAGAAACCACUGCAAAAUUAGAGCCCUUAGAAGAACAACAAAAUGAUGAGACGUCUUCAAAACCACUACAACAGGAGAACGAACAAGAGGAGCGAUACGAAAUUCCCGAAGUCAUAAGAGAAACUGCUCUCUCUAUUGGGCCUGAAGGCAUGCCGGUAAGAGUAGGAGGACCAGCCCAGUCCCAUCGCAUGGAUCUGGAAUCUGUUUUCGGUCCCCCCAAGCCACCAAAGAGACGAAACAAAAACAGUUCCCUGCCGCCUCCCAGACCACCGAAAUCCCUGGCUCUCGAGAGCACAGGGCUCCCCAAACUGCCUCCUAAGGCGCCCAUCCCCGCCCGCCCUGCGUCUGCAUCCACGACGUCUUCUUUCGUCACUGCAUCUGCAGGAAGCCCUUCCCCUGCGGAGACCCCGACUUCCUUCCAAGGGACGCCGCGACCUACCCUGACCAAGCAACGAUCCAAGACCCGGCGUUCUUGGCCUUUGCUCUUCUGUGAUUGCAUGUAUGCAAACUGUAAGAACUAUGACGAAAUCAAUAAGUAAUGGAAAUGAGUGAAUUUGAUGACUAUAUUUUCACGAAAGAACGCACUAUUUACUUCUGUUGUGAUGUAGGCACACUUACUGUAGUUUUUAAUUAGUUCAUUGCCCCGACAUUUCUGGAUCUAUUCCUAUACUGAAAAGGCUCUACUUGAAAAAGCGUCAUCUUAAAGAGACAGCAGAUUUAACGGAAAGCUAUAUUUGCAACUAACUUUUAGGUGAAUUAUAAAAAUUCAACAUUUCAGACCACAUUCAGAAAACAGAAAAAAAUGGCAAAAACUGAAACAUCUAUAGUCCCUUAUAAUAAUUUUAACCUACGCAUGGAACAUUUUCAAAUGCUAGGCCAAUUUGACCACCUGGGAACGAAGAAUGUGCAAACACUUUUGGUUUGUUUGUUAUUUUGACUAGACUUUCCUUUGAAAGUUCGUGUGCCUUAUGAAUCCACGGAAAGGACGAGAUUUCCUUCGAACCUUUCGCCUUAUGUGUGAAAACUGCUGUUCUUGGAACAGAGAGUGUUAACCGUUGCAAGCCGAGAUAUUUCUGGAGGCUGCAAAACGGUAGUCUGAAGAUUGGAGAUUCCUGUCGACUUUAGUGAUAUGUUCUGUAAUGUGGUGCUUACGUUUACUUUUAAUGAAUGUUGUUAUACUCAUAUUUUUGGCAAUUGCUGUACAGUAUUAUGCUGGAUCAGGAGCCUGUCGUGUGAUAAUCUCUAGCUGGGAAAUGACUGUGUAUAUAUAUUUAUGAUGUGUUGUUGAAACCUAAGCAGAGAUCAUGCGCCUCUUCCUUUGUGUGUUUGAUGAUAUUUAUUAUUGUUUCUUCUCAAUUCUGGAUAAGACAUUUUAUCACAGCAUUGCAUUUUCUGUUUAUCGUGUAACAAACAUCCUGGAGUACGUGACGCUCACUGUAGGGACGGGACACUUUUCGUUCAUGAAUCGUCUGGAGACAAAAGUCUGACAAAAUAUUCAGUCAAGAAACAAAUGAAGAAACCCUUUUACUGCAUCCAUGAGAUGACAGCAUCAAGACGUAGUUCCACAGCAUUAACACCAGAUAAAAGGUGUAGUACUUGACGCAACAUCGGAUGUGGUCAUUUACGCUUGCUGCCAAAAAAAAGAUGUCUGUCCUUAACUGUAGUUACUGUUUCUUAAUUCUUUUCUUAAGCAGAAAAAAAAUUCCAUUAAGUACCUUAUCUGCAUUUUAAGUAAUUUGUUAAAAUGGAUAUUCACUGAGUCCGUUUGAGCAUUAGAUCAGAAAAAAUUGGUCAUAAUGGAACAAAGUUCAUCGAGGAGAAAUAGAUAGCGUACCUUGUUAAUCAGUGCUCGGAGCUAAAUGUCGCUCUGGAUCACGUUCCGUAAAAUACAGAACUGCGCUGUAACGACUAAAUUCAUGCGACGAGCUCCAAGUCAUUUCAAUCAGGAAAUAUUAUUAGGACAAACCGAGAAAACAACCAUUUCCUGAUAUUAACAUUAGACACACACGUGUCCCAGAAAUAGCAAUGUUCUGCUAAAACAAUCGCUUUUCCAUUUUAUUCCACCUUGCUGAUGUCGUAACGUAUGUAGAAAAGACUUCAUUCUUUCACGAUGAAGCGUUCUUUUGCCAUCAAGUUGUUUUGUGUAAAGCACCUUAUCUCAUCUUUGUCACUAAUACAGAACGUGGAGACUGUUGCUAUCCACCAAUUUUCACAGGUAUGAAUUUCAUUUUUAAGACUACAGACAGAAGGAACUUGAACGUUGUUAGAACAUGUAGCCUACAGUCUAUGUUAUUGUCAUCUGCCACUGCUCCGGAAUCCACCAUCUAUGACUUAGUAUCUAAUACCUUUCCUCUUAAAUAGUAUCCAUUCUGCCUUUCUAGUCUCAUUUUAAACCAUCUUGGUAUAAAAAAUAAGUAUUUCUUUUUCUGGCGUCUAAUCGUCAUAAUCUUCGUGUUUUUAAUACUUUUUUUUUUCCCUUCAGUUUCUUCCCGGAACCUCCAGACAUAAAAUUAACACAUCAGGUCAAAUGGUGGAAAAUCUUUUAAUGCCUCAGUCGGCGCCAUUCUUGGUAUAAAUCAACGAUUUCGUUUUCAUGUGAAAAAUGUGUAUGUGUUUAUUUUUCAAGGCCAAACACACACACACACUCUCUCUCUCUCUCUCUCUCUCUCUCUCUCUCUCUCUCUCUCUCUCUCAAUAGCAUCUUUAAAAUACUAUGUUCAUAGAAGAUAUAUCAUUUUGCAACCUU